GUAAUUAUGUUGCCAUCUCUCUUCUUUCCACCUGUCCUUUCUCCUUCCAGUUUAUAUCCCUAUCUUUUUGUUCCCUAAAAUCCCCAAAAAAAACCCCUAAAUCAUCCUUUCAAUUUUGCAAGCUUUUUGUGAUUCCUCUUUUAAAAACCUAAAAAUAUCAUUUUUCUCUUUCCUUUUCAAUCUCAAAUCUUAAAACCUAGAAUAUCUAGCUAAUUUUUGUUGUUUUCUCUCAUUUAUAGAAUUUGCAUCUAUAAUCGACAUGGCAAAUCGUGUUUUGAUAAUCGGACUGGAAACAAAUGCCCAUUUUGAGGAACGGAGGUCCUUUACUGCUGCUGGGAGGGUGAUUGCCGAGAGUCUGGUCCAUCGGAAUAGAAUUUAUGGUGUGCUUGCAAAAGAGCAUUACACAAUGAAUGGCUCAAAUCAGAUUUCAAUUCCUAUCUUGGAUGGGAAGAAUUACAAUAGGUGGAAUGUCCAAAUGAGGGUGCUUUUUGAUUACCACGAGUUGCUAGGUGUGGUGGAGACUGGAGUUGCUGAACUUGCAGAAAAUGCAAAUGAUGCCCAAAAGCACACCCAUCGUGAGAGCAAGAAAAAGGAUAAGAAGGCAUUAUAUUUCAUCCAUCAAGGGGUGAAUGAUGAAGUGUUUAAGAAGAUUCAAAAUGCAACUACGUCAAAGCAAGCAUGGGAUAUCUUGAUGAUGGCGUACAAAGGUGCGGAGAAAGUUAAGAAGGUAAAACUCCAAACCUUAAGACGCCAAUAUGAGCUCCUACAAAUGGAGUCUUUUGAAACUACUGCCACUUAUCACAUUGUGGCAGCAAUAGAAGAAGUCCAUGAUUUGUCCCAAAUGACUGUUGAAGAGUUGUCAGGCUCAUUAGAAGCACAUGAGCAGAGAAUGAAUGAGAAACGGAUAGAGAAGCCGAUUGAGCAAGCCUUCCAAAGCCAAGUUUCCAUCAAAGGUAAUCAAGGUGGUGAAACAAGUCAAAAGCAUGGUGGUUCUCGUGGUAAAGGACGAGGACGUGGUUUUUACUUCAACAAAGGUCGAGGUGAUCAUAACAACAAUUAUGGAGUAGGUGGUGAUGACCAAGAAAAAUCAAACUUUGGCCAUCGACAGAAUACAAGAGGUCGUGGUCGUGGUCGUGGUCGUGAUCGAGGUCGAGGACGUGGUAGAGGAAGGUAUGACAAAUCUCAUGUUGAGUGUUAUUCUUGUCAUAAACGUGGUCAUUAUUCAAGUGAGUGCAGAUAUAAGGAGAAUGAUCAAAAGGCUCAUUAUGUACAAGAGGAAGAUGACAGUGAAGAUCAUGCUCUUUUGAUGGUUACAUCAACAAAUGAGGCAUCAAAUUAUCACACAUGGUUUCUUGACACUGGAUGUACUAAUCAUAUGUGCAGUAAGAAGGAGUUCUUUGUUGAUCUUGAUGAGUCGUAUCGAUCCAAGGUCAAAUUUGCAGAUGAAAGCACUGUACCAGUGAUGGGAAAAGGGAGAAUCCUCAUCAAGUUAAAGAAUGGAGAUCAUAAUUAUAUUUCAGACAUGUUCUAUGUGCCGGAUAUGAAAAGCAAUCUGCUUAGCUUGGGUCAAUUGCUGGAAAGGGGUUAUAAUAUGCUCCUACGUGAUAAUCAACUCUCCAUUUUUGAUGUAAAAGGUAUACUUAUUCUUGAGGCUCCUCUAUCAAAGAAUCGUAUAUUUCAAGUUGACAUUGCCAGUGAGGUUUACACUUGCCUUAGUGCUGUUUUAAAAGAUGAUUCUUGGUUAUGGCAUCUUCGUUUUGGUCAUCUAAACUUUCGUAGUUUGAAGUUGCUUGCUCAAGAAAAUAUGGUGAAGGGCUUGCCUAGCAUAAAUCAUCCAGAGCAAUUGUGUGAGGCUUGUACUCUUAGAAAACACAGCAGGUUAUCAUUUGUGGCUGGAAAGAAUUGGCGUGCAAGAAAGCCAUUGGAACUUGUUCAUUCUGAUGUCUGUGGCCCAAUGAGUGUUACAUCAACUGGUAACAAUAGGUAUUUUCUUACCUUCAUUGAUGAUUUUACUAGAAAAAUUUGGGUCUAUCUUUUGCAAAAUAAGUUCGAAGUAUUGAGUUGUUUUAAGAAGUUUAAGGCUCAUGUUGAAAGACAAAGUGAUCAUUGUAUCCAAAUCUUACGAACUGAUGGUGGGGGUGAAUAUACCUCCAAUGAAUUUCAUGAGUAUUGUGGAGAACAAGGUAUACAACAUCAAGUUACAUGUCCCUACACUCCACAACACAAUGGAGUUGCAGAGGGGAAGAACAGAACCAUAAUGGACAUGGUGAGGAGCAUCUUAAAGGCCAAGGGAUUGCCAAAUUCUUUUUGGGGUGAAGCUGUUUCCUGUUCUGUUUAUUUGUUAAACAAGUCUCCAACAAGGAGUCUUCAAAAUGUUACUCCCAUAGAAGCAUGGAGUGGUUUCAAGCCAAGUGUGAAGCAUCUUAAGGUGUUUAGCUCUAUUGCAUUUGCUCAUGUGCCGCCACAAACAAGGACAAAGCUAGAUGAUCGUGGAGAGAAUACCAUCUUUGUUGGCUAUACUCGUGGAGGAUUCAAGCUGUUCAAUCCUGUGACUAAUAAGGUGAUUGUAAAAGAUUCUCAAGUUACAGCAACCAAUACUAAUGAAGAAGCUGCUGCACCAAGUUAUACUACACUAGAAAAUCCCACGACACAGACUCUUCCUGAAGCUGGAAGACCGAGGAGACAAAGACAACCACCAGUUACUUUACAGGAUUAUGAGGUAACAUCCGAUGAUGCUAUUGAUGAUGAUGGAAAUCUAGUGCACUUUGCCAUGUUUGCAGAUUUAGAACCCGUAUUUUUUGAAGAAGCCAUUCAAGAUCCUAAAUGGGUGAAUGCCACGCUUGAGGAGAUGAAGGCAAUUGAGAAGAACAACACAUGGGAGCUUACUGACUUACCACAGGAUCAAAAAGCAAUUGAUGUCAAAUGGGUUUUCAAGACAAAGAUGAAGUCCAAUGGAGAGAUUGAAAGACAUAAAGCAAGAUUAGUGGCAAGAGGAUUUGAACAGCGUCCUGGCCAUGAUUAUCAGGAGUCAGCAUUCUUGAAUGGUCCUCUUGAAGAAGAAGUCUUUGUCAGGCAACCACCAAGAUUCGUAAAAGAAGGAAGUGAAGAUAAAGUGUAUAGAUUGAAGAAAGCACUUUAUGGUUUGAAGCAAGCACCACGAGCAUGGAACAAGCGCAUUGAUUCAUUCUUUGUCAAGGCUGGAUUCAAGAAAUGUCCUUCUAAACAUGCUUUAUAUGUGAAGUUUAAUGAAUCUGGUGACAUUUUGAUACUUUGUCUUUAUGUUGAUGAUAUGAUAUUUACAAGCAACAGCACCAAAAUGAUUGAAGACUUCAAGAGGUCUAUGAUGCACGAAUUCGAGAUGACGGAUCUUGGUUUAAUGUCUUACUUUUUGGGUAUAGAAGUGAUGCAAAGAGAAGAUGGGAUCUUUAUCUGUCAAAAGAGGUAUGCUUCUGAACUGUUGAGGAGGUUUCAUAUGCAUAAUUGCAAUCCAGCAAGAACUCCUGUGGAGGUUGGAACUAAGUUGUUCAAGAAGGGUGAUGACGUACGUGUUAAUCCCACUUUCUUCAAGCAACUUGUUGGGAGUUUGAGGUAUCUCACAUGCACACGACCUGACAUCUCUUAUGGUGUUGGAUUGAUUAGCAAGUUUAUGGAGUCCCCUCGUCAAUCUCAUUUGCAAGUUGCCAAGAGAAUUAUGAGGUACCUAAAGGGCACUUUUGAUCAUGGUCUAUUUUACUCUUCAUCUAGCAAUUGUACUCUUGUAGGUUAUUCUAAUAGUGAUUGGAGUGGAAACUUAGAUGAUCGUAAAAGCACUACUGGUUAUUGCUUUAAUUUUGGUAAUACAGCUUGUUCAUGGUCGUCAAAAAAGCAGUCGAUUGUUGCACUUUCAACUUGUGAAGCAGAGUAUGUGGCAGCAACCUCAAGUGCAUGUCAAGCAAUAUGGUUGCAAAGCUUGAAGAAUCAAGUUCGUGUCCCAAUUGAAGAACCUAUGAAGAUCUUUGUUGAUAAUAUUUCAGCUAUUAACUUGGCAAAGAACCCAGUCCAUCACGGAAGGAGCAAGCAUAUCGACAUAAGAUUUCAUUAUUUGCGAGACUUAAUUGACAAAAGGGUGAUUGAGUUAAAGUACUGCAAGUCCGAAAAUCAAGUUGCUGAUAUCCUCACUAAACCUUUGAAGUAUGAAGCUUUUGUCAAGUUGAAGAGUAUGAUGGGAAUAUCUGCUCUACUGAAUCAGGAUUAAGGUGGGGAUGUUGGAGUUAAUCCCGAUUUUAAAGCUAAUUGUUUUGAGUGAGUCCUAGUUAGUGGAGUUUAUGUGUCCUACUAUUGUGGUUGCUGAUAACCACGUUUCCUUAUCUUUAAGUUUCAGUUUGUAGUGGCUAGAAAAUAGGAGUUUAUGCUUUAUUAGCCUAUUAUAAAUUGGCAGUUGUUAUUCAGUUUAAGGUGUAAUCAUCUUUAUCUAUUUCCAGCAAUAGAAGUGCCUCUUUCUUCCUCCGCUUUGCUCUGUUUUUGGUUGUUUUUCUUUUAUCUCUUCUGCUACUUCAGUUGGGCGGAUCGUAAGGAUUUCCAGGUAAAUGAAGUUGAAGAAAACCUUUAUGCUAUC